AACCAACCUUGUGUUGCCCACAAUCACCGGAAUGUAGCUUCGUUUCGCUAGCUUUUCCUUUGUACCGGUUUUUUAUUCGUCCUUGCUUUGGGCAGCAACACCGGUUACUUCCAUACGGUUUUGAGUUCCAUGUUUCGACUGGUCGUUUCCCCCGCACGUCCGAAAGGACGGCAAUCAUCCUUGUACGGCGCCGCAGCUUUCGUACUCCGACCGCCGACUCGGUGGACCACCUGUCGCUCGCUGGUGCAACACACUGUCCCGUUACGGGCGGUGCAGUACAUUCUAACGUACGAAUACGUACCGGACGUCUUGGAGAAACGCGGACCGUUCCGCGACGAACACUUGCGUUUGGCCCGUGACUACGUGACCGAGAAUCGGGCCGUGGCGGGGGGACCAACGGGAGCGGUGGGAACCAACGUACCGACGGGAGCACUUUUCCUCUUUACCGACCGGGACGCCGCCCGGGAGUUUGUUGCGCGAGAUCCGUACGUGGCGCACGGGAUUGUCACGGCCCACACCAUUCAAGAAUGGAACGUGGUGGUACAGAAAGCAGAUGACGACGACGGCGACUCAAAACGUGUGCACAGUAAGCAACAAGGUCCGUUGUAGUGACAAGUAGUGAGACCAAUGGUCGAGAUGCUGGUCGUUGGUCUUUUGUAUCCAACGGUUGUCGUGCCUGGUACAGAUACAACCUUGUCUCGAUUAUGCCCUUUGUUACGAACGUUGCACACCUUUGCACAUGACUUUAAAACUCCCAGAAAAAAUUGGGAUUGUGGGGUCCAGCAUGAAAAAAUCUACUGUUUCUAGAGGAAAAAGGAAAGUCUCGAAAACACCGCGAGCUUGACCAAUCCAGUAGACCUUUCGUGCGUAAUACAUUUACUGUUCGUUUGACAUCUAAAACAAAUCGGUUUCGCUGCUUGGCCUUACCGCUGCUUGGCCUUUGUAGGGUAUCUACGCGGGAAUGCGGUUAGCUUCAGUUCAAUGUUGCAAUGGCGUUGUGCUUGCGGCAGUGCUCGGUGGAACACGGACACAGAUGAAAGACGCAAAAUGUGAACUGAAAAGGAAACCGUAUUUCUCGGUUUCCGGGUAUUUUUG